AUUGGAUCCCUGACUGCCCAAAAGAGUAAUAAUCCUGUCUUUUGCUCAUAAUUCAAUCAAUUACAUCUGCUGGCCCUUUCCAAACCAUCCAAUCUGCCUUUGUUCUUAACUUUUGCUUGUUCUCAUCUCAUCAUCAUUGACAAACCCCUCGAAACCAACAAUUACAACAAUGUCCAAUAUUCCACCAUCUGUUAAAGGUGCUGUUGACGCUGACCCUUGGUUAACACCUUUCGCUAAUGAAUUGGCCAAAAGAAGAGCCCUUGCUGAUGAUUGGUUAACAAAAUUUGAUCAAAAUGAAGGUGGGUUGACUAAAUUUGCUGAUUCUUAUAAAAAAUAUGGAUUCCAAAUUGAUCCAAAAGAUGGUUCAAUUAAUUAUAAAGAAUGGGCCCCAAAUGCAGUGGAAGCUUACCUUGUUGGUGAUUUCAACAAUUGGGAUUUUACUCAUAAAUUAACCAAGGAUUCUUUUGGGAAUUUUGAUAUUCAUUUAUCAAAAGGUUCUAUUCCUCAUGAUUCAAGAGUUAAAAUUGUUUUAAUCUUACCUUCUGGUGAAAAAUUAUAUAGAUUACCUGCUUGGAUCACUAGAGCUACUCAACCUCCAAAAGAGAGUAAAGAAGUUGCUUUUGAAGCUAGGUUUUGGAAUCCUUCAACACCAUAUGUUUUCCAAAAUAAAAGACCAAUUCCUUCACAAAGUUUAAGAAUUUAUGAAGCUCAUAUUGGUAUUUCAACUCCAGAUCCUAAAAUUGGUUCUUAUAAAGAAUUUACUCAAAAUGUCUUACCAAGAAUUUCAAAAUUGGGUUAUAAUACCGUUCAAUUGAUGGCUAUUAUGGAACAUGCUUAUUAUGCAAGUUUUGGUUAUCAAGUUACAAAUUUCUUUGCAAUUAGUUCAAGAUUCGGUACACCUGAAGAUUUAAAAGAAUUGAUUGAUACUGCUCAUGGAUUGGGUAUAACUGUUUUAUUAGAUGUUGUUCAUUCUCAUGCUUCUAAAAAUGUUGAUGAUGGUUUAAAUAAUUUUGAUGGUACAGAUUAUCAAUACUUCCAUAGUGGUGGGAAAGGCUCACAUCCUUUAUGGGAUUCAAGACUGUUUAACUAUGGUAAAUAUGAAGUUUUAAGAUUUUUAUUAUCAAAUUUAAAAUUUUAUCUAGAUGUUUAUCAAUUUGAUGGGUUUAGAUUUGAUGGUGUCACUUCAAUGCUUUAUUUACACCAUGGUGUUGGUGCAGGUGGUGCUUUUAGUGGUGACUAUAAUGAAUAUUUACAUGAAAAUUCAGCUGUUGAUUAUGAAGCUAUAACUUAUUUAAUGUUGGCUAAUGAUUUAAUUAAUUUGGUUGCUAAGGAAAAUUCAACAAAUUUUGUUUCAAUUGCUGAAGAUGUUUCAGGUAUGCCAACUUUAGGUACUCCAAGAAUUGAUGGUGGUGUUGGGUUUGAUUAUAGAUUAGCCAUGGCAUUACCAGAUAUGUGGAUCAAGAUCAUCAAGGAACAAAAAGAUGAAGAUUGGGAUCUAAACAAAAUCGUUCAUACUUUAACUAAUCGUCGUUAUACUGAAAAGGCUAUUGGAUAUUGUGAAUCCCAUGACCAGGCUUUAGUUGGUGAUAAAACUUUGGCUUUUUGGUUGAUGGAUGCUGAAAUGUAUACAAAUAUGAGUGUAAUGUCACCAUUAACACCAGUUAUUGAUCGUGGGUUAGCAUUACACAAAAUUAUCAGAUUAUUAACACAUUCUCUUGGUGGUGAAGGUUAUUUAAAUUUCGAAGGUAAUGAAUUUGGUCAUCCUGAGUGGUUAGAUUUCCCAAAUGUUAAUAAUGGUGAUAGUUAUCAUUAUGCAAGAAGACAAUUCAAUUUAGUUGAUGAUGAUUUAUUAAGAUAUAAAUUCUUAUAUAAAUUUGAUUCUGCAAUGCAACAUUUGGAGGCAAAAUAUGGUUGGUUACAUAAAAAGGGAGAUACUUUUAUUUCUUUGAAAAAUGAACAAGAUAAAGUUUUAGUUUAUGAAAAAGCUGGGUUAUUAUUCAUUUUCAAUUUGAAUCCAACUCAAUCAUUUACAGAUUAUAGAGUUGGUAUUGAAACUGGAGGUGUUUACAAGAUUGUUUUGAACUCAGAUAUUGGUGAAUUUGGUGGUCAUGAUCGUGUUGAUAAUGAUACAAGAUUCUUCACUACUGAUUUCCCAUGGAAUAAUAGAAAAAAUUUCUUGCAAGUUUAUAUUCCAUCAAGAACUGUUUUGGUUUUAGCUUUGGAAAGUUCAUAAGCCCAUCCAUUCAUUUAUUAAUUGCUAAUUAUAUUUAUUAUCAUUCAGUUCGCUAUGCUAUUUGUUUAUGUGUCGUUUAAGUACUGAAGUUUACAAGUUUUUUAUCAUGCAUCAAUCAACUCAAACAGUAUCAAUUUAUCAAAAGUCCAAAAAAAAUAUUAUAUUAACUAUUCAAUUCGUUUAAAAACAACUAGAAGUCUUACAUAUGAAAAUUAACAUUGUUUGUAUCACCAAAAACAGUCAUUACUAUACAUUAUAAUUCUUUUUUCGGAUGUUGAUGUAGUUGUGAUUAAUUUUAGAGACUUGGUUAUGCUCAGCCCUUUGUUCAGAUCUGUUUAACCGUUGUAAUUGUUAACAAGCCUCCCGAAGUAAUGAACGAGCUGUAAGUAAUUACAUCUGAUGAACUGAAGCUAUUUUUAAUU